GAAUUCAUUUUAUACAAUCGAAACCCAAAUCUUUCGCAGAAAGAGAUUUUCCCUCGUAGCAAUCGCUUACAUUUCGUGAGAGGAGGGCUUCUUCAAGCGGUAUUCUGGCAUUCAGUAGGAAUUUCCACCAAUUUGUGUGCUUGUCGUUCUCUUUUGAUAAGGAGCAAUCAAACUCAGGAUUAGCUAGAUGAGAUAUAACCACUUGGGACUGUGUAUCUUCCAUUGAAAUUUGAGUUGUUUGCUGAGGUUAUGAAAUCUUUUGCUGCCAUUUUUGUGUAAAAAUUUUGUUCUUUACCUGUCUUUUGUAAUGCCGCUUUUACUUCUUUUCUACUGCAGGAAGAGUUGGUGUGUGUAGUUUUUUAUGAGGCAGAGCCUACAAUUAGUUUGGAGAAUUUUAAUGUUCUUUAGUGAAUAUUAGUUUUACAUAUCUCAAUCAAUGUCUCUUAGAAGGCCACAACUUCCUCGCCUUCUCCUCAACCAGGUCUCCUGUAUGCGGAAUGCCCAGCAAAUCCUUCGAAAUGUUAACGUCUCGAUCCACGAUGGUGGUGCACUCGUGCUGACUGGCACCAACGGUUCGGGCAAAACGACAUUCCUACGUAUGUUAGCUGGAUUCUCCAGGCCUUCUGCAGGCGAGAUCCUCUGGAAUGGCCAUGACAUUACAGAAUCAGGAGUGUUCCACCAGUACAAGCUGCAGCUAAACUGGCUCUCGCUGAAAGAUGCCAUCAAAGAGAACUUUACCGUGCUCGACAACGUUCAGUGGUUCGAGGUUCUCGAGGGGAAGCAAGGGGGGUCAAUGCCUGCUAUCGAGCUGAUGGGGCUUGGAAAGUUGGCGAAAGAGAAAGCGAGAAUGCUGUCGAUGGGGCAGCGGAAACGACUGCAGCUUGCAAGGUUGUUGGCGAUCGAUAGACCGAUUUGGCUGCUUGAUGAGCCUUCAGUUGCAUUAGAUGAUGAUGGGGUGAAGUUGCUGGAAUAUAUCGUUGCAGAACAUAGAAAGAAAGGUGGGAUUGUUAUUGUAGCAACUCAUAUACCAAUAGAGAUUGAAGACGCCAUGAUCUUGAGGCUCCCGCCACGAUUCCCUCGGAGAAUGACAUUGGUCGAUAUGCUUGAUCGAAGUGAUAUAUCGUAGCUACUAACUUCUUAAGACGGUUACAGGCAUGACUCAUUUGAUCAAGUCAUUCCUAACCUUAUUCAGGAGUGGCAAGUUUGACUCUUCACUCGAGUUUUGUCUUGUAAUACUUACAAAAGAAAUGAAAAGGAAAUGAGAGAUAAAUUUAAGACAAUUUUCUUUUGUUAGAUAAGAGUUUGUCAUAUUUAUC